GAGAGGGCACGGGAGCCCCUCGCUCACCCCGGGCUGCAGCCACAGAAGCGGGCGCAGCCCAGAGCCCCGGCACCUGCCCAGGGAGGGGCGAGAGCGCCGGCGGGCAGGGGCAGGGUCUCCGGAGCCCGGGGUUCGGGCCGCGGGAGGAGCGCUGCGCACGGGCAGGAGCCAGGCGGACACGGCGCGCGGGAGACUUGACUCGGCUCGGGGGCCGGCGCCUCGCUGAGGGCGGGGGGAAGGUGGCGCCUCUCGCCGCGCCUCCGGAGCCCCGUGCGUGCCCUGCCCCGCACCUGACUGGCUGCUGCAAGGGGCCUUUCCUCAGUGCCCGUGGGGGCCGGUCUUCCCGCCCCCCCAGCGUGUGCCUCGCUCCUGGUUUCCCACUCAUAAACCGAAAGCGGCACUGACGGAGAAAAAAACCAGCUAAUUACAAUUUUGAGGCUCAGGUACGGUCCUUUCUAUGGUACGAGGGGCAUUUCGUUACGGUCUUUGCAGUGAUCGCUCUGACCGUCUCACCUUUGCUCCUUGCCCAGGGUUGCAUUUGUUCAUGCUUGCUGUGAGGGAUGUUGUUUUAGGAUUAGCACGCAGGAUGAAAGUAAAAGGCAGAGGCAAACCCUGCUUGCUGGAGUUUCUCUUCAGUUUCUGCCUGGCUACUCUUCCCAGCAGUAGUGCCUGCCCCAGGCUCUGUGCCUGCUACGUCCCUACUGAAGUACACUGUACAUUCCGGUACCUCACAGCCAUCCCCCCGCACAUCCCCCAAAACGUGGAGCGCAUCAAUUUAGGUUACAACAGCUUGGUUAAACUGACUGAAACAGAUUUUUCUGGCCUGGAGAAACUGGAGUUGUUGAUGUUGCACAGCAAUGAGAUCCAUACAAUCCCCGACAAGACAUUCACUGAUUUAAAUGCAUUACAGGUCUUAAAAAUGAGCUAUAAUAAAGUCAGAAUGCUUCAGAAGGACACUUUUCAUGGUCUCAAGAGCUUGGUACGGUUGCAUAUGGACCACAAUCAAAUUGAAUUUGUACACCCAGAAGUUUUCUAUGGGUUUACAUCACUGAGGCUGGUGCACUUGGAAGGAAAUUUACUUAAACAGCUUCAUCCAGAUGCUUUUGUCACCUUGCGCUACAUCCAGAUAUUUAAAACAUCCUCCAUAAAGCAUAUAUACUUGUCUGACAACUUCUUAACUUCACUACCACAAGAGAUGUUUUCUUACAUGCCUGAACUAGAGAGCAUAUAUCUUCAUGGAAACCCUUGGUCCUGUGAUUGUGAUCUACAAUGGUUUGUAGACUGGGCAGAACAAUGGCCAGAUAUUAUAAAGUGCAAGAAAGACAGAGGUUCUUCUAGUACCCAGCAAUGUCCAGUUUGUGCCAAUCCCAGAAAUUCUAAAGGCAAACAUUUAGUUAACAUCCCAUCUGCAUCUUUAACCUGUAGUAAGCCAACCAUAGACCCCUCCCUGAAAUUUAAAAACAUCACUAUGCCAGAUGAAGGGGACUUCAUUUCCAUCUCUCCCAAAGAUUUUAUAGCUCCCAUUGGAACCAUGAUGUUGAAUAUGACAGACCAAACAGGAAAUCAGGCUAACUUGGUUUGCAAUGUUCAAAAACCCACAAAAAUGUCCCCACUCUCAUUUGACAAAGAUGGUCAUAAUACAGUACUCAAAGUAUCAUUUUCAACAUUUCUGGUGUGUAGUAUUGAUUAUGAACACAUUCAACAGCUGUGGAGCAUAUUGGCCCUAUACAGUGAUUCUCCCCUGAAACUCGAAAGGAAUCUCUUACUGACCAAAGUGCCUUACAUCAGUUACAAGUACAAACAGACGUACUCUGAAAGUGAAGAAGUUUUUACCAAUGUAGAGAGUGAACUGACAGCUGAACCUUCUUGGCUGCUCCAAGGCCAGGUGGCAUUACAAUUAGACAGGACAGCAACCACACUCAGCACACUACAUAUUGGAUAUGUAACUGAUGCUCAAAUUAUCUUGCCCAAUGCUAAUGAAAAACAGUUGAGACACAGCUGGGCCAUAAUUUCAAGAGAUAAUAAAACAAGUGUUGAACACUCUGUUUUAGUGGGUGGGACCGUGGAACUGGACUGUCAGGCAUUUGGAGAGCCUACUCCUACCAUUGAAUGGAUAUUAGCCGAUGGGAGCAAAGUUAGAACGCCAUAUGUUAGUGAAGAUGGAAGAAUCAUAAUAGCUAAAAGUGGAAAAUUCACACUGCGGACAGCUGAUAGUUUUGACACUGGAGUUUAUCACUGCAUAGGCACAAACUAUAUUGAUGCAGAUGUCCUAACAUUUAGGAUCACAGUGAUUGAUACUUAUGUGGAACACAACAAUGUUAAUGGGGCUCAACUUUCGGCAUUCAUUGGUGACACACUCUACCUUCCAUGUCAGUCUGUUGGUGUCCCCGACGCAUCUAUUAGUUGGAUCCUACCUGAGCACACAGUUCUUCAUCAGUCUGUAAGAAGCAAACAUAUUUUCCACAAUGGUACACUAAAAAUACAAGAGCUGACAGAACGAGAUAGUGGCUAUUUUAGAUGUGUAGCAGCCAAUCAAUAUGGUAUGGAUUUUUUGAUUUUCCAAGUGCUAGUUAAAGUGAAUGAGGGUGCUUCACAAAAACAAAAGACAGCUCCAGAAGAAAAUGGAGAGAGAGAUGGAUCUGGUCAUGAGGAGCUUAGAGCUGUUACAAAACAUAAGUAUCCAUUAGCUACUGUGCAAACUUCAGUAACAAGUAAAGCACUCACUGACUCUGCAUUCAGAAAUCAACCUAUAGGGAUUGCAAAUAAAUGGAAUAACUAUAGAGAGAUGACUUACAGACGCAAUGGGGACAAAAUAAACAGACGAUUUAGGGGACACAGAAGACAAUUCACUUCCUCAGCCAGGAGAAUUGACCCACAGCAUUGGGCAGCAUUUGUUGAAAAAACAAAGAAGAAUUCCACUUUGCCAGAAAAACAAGAAAAUGCCACAACAAAAUCACCUACACCAGACCAUCUAUCCUCUAAGGUGUCUGGGGAUAAGGAAGAAACAUCUGGUGACCAUAUACCUCCAGAAGAAGAAUUUAUUAUACUAGCAUCUGAAGCACAAACUAUACCUACUCUGAAAAAGGUUUCCUCAAGUAUUGUAACUGAAGAACCUAAAACUACAUCAAGUAAUUUCAAGUCUAAAACAACUGUCAUGGUUACAGAGGCAGUAGCUUCAACAGUAAGUCCAUGGAUUAUGCAGUCUAUAAGACCCAAGAGCAAAAAGCCAAAUGCAGAUCUAACAUCUGCAGUCACAAGACCAAACUCAUUGGAAACUUCUGAAUUAAAUCAAUCAUCAUUAACCAUUAUACAGCCAUUAACUACAUCUAGUGUAGUGAAUAGUACAGCUAAAGACUUUAGUGCUGAACACAGAUUGGUGUCUUUUGGGGAAAGUAAUCAGUAUUUAAAAAUCAUAUCUACAACACAAACAGCAGAUGUUACUGAAAUUACCAGCCUUGUCACUUCCCAGAACAUAGUUGAAAAACCUGAUUUAUUUACUGAGUCUAUUGAUAAGACUUCAACUAAAUCAGAUCAUCGAAUAUCUGUAGUGACAGUCAGCGAGCCAAACACUGAAUUUGGUCACAUUUAUUUUUUUAGUACUCAAAAAAUAACUCCUAAACUACCACCAGGGUCAACUGUUAUUACUCAUCAGCAGAUUCAGAUAAUUAGAGACGUUACAGCUAAUACACCACAGUCAAGACAACGAUAUGGAAGACGAAGGAAAAUUUCUGGUAGAAGACGAAUUGUUAGACCAGAUCGAAUUCCAGCUAUCAGAGGACAUAGAUAUAAUUUUUUGAGACAAGAAUCUGGUAGAGAAAGUACAACUCUGCCUCCAGCUAUAGAGCUGGACACAAAAUGUCUAUCAUGUUCACAUCCUGCAACUCCUUCCAGAAGUUCUCUUGAACCGCUUAGCCCAGAAACACAUACGCCCCCACCUGUAAAAGUGGAUAUACCAGAACUCACAUCAGAGCAGCCUACAAGUCAAACCACAGCAUUCCUGGCUGAAGAGAAAAAUAGACUCACUGCAGAAGGAGAAAAAACAACUCCUACUGUAAUGCCUUUCUAUAGUGAAAGCAUACAGGGUACCCUGCAAAGGAAACUAGAGGCCAGUGCACCAUUGGAAACACACACUGUCAGACUCCCUACAACUGCAAGACACACCUUUAGUGUAUCUAUGGAAACUACAACUUCUGCCGACAGCAAGACAUCCUCAAAUGUUAAAUCCAUCCUCCCAACCACUAAAAUUAGAACUUCUUCCAAAGUUUUAAGAGGAAAAAUUCCUUGGCACCUUCUCUUUGGAAAGACACACAUUCAAAAGGACCUAUUGAAGAAGCUACCCAGACGACGAACAAAUACAGUGCCAUCAUCAGCAAUAACCAGCAUGCUUCCUAAAACUACUGCAACACUACCCAUAGAUAGAGUUUCUCCUUUACAUUUAACAACGAUUUCAGUGGAAGUGAAUCAAACAGAUGAUCUCUUAUCCCUAACUAAACCUGUCAGUCAUGAUAAUAGUAUGUCCGAGAAACAGUCUCCCAUUCCAUCUCUUACUACUGCAGAACUGCCAUCUUCAGCCUAUUCUUCUAAUCUUCCAACUGUUAUGAAGAAAGAAAUGACUGCAACAAGACCAAUGCCAACAUUUAGAUCUACUACUGUUCCCCACACUGAAAUGAAAAUCACUAACAUCAAAUCAUUCAGAGCUGGAAGGAGGAGAGAUCAAAGGAGGAAAAAGCCCCAGAAGAUUAUGACUUCACAAAGUAUUACUACAAGCCAUAGCACCAACACUGCUUCAUCAGUGAACACAACCUUGUAUAUCAUGACAACAGCUAAGUCUUUAACUAAGCCCACCAUCCCCAUACCCACUGAAUUUCUUUACAAGAACACAAGUGUAAUCCCAAUUACAACUGUGCCACAGAUUCUUCACACAAAAGAUGUAACUAAAGGUUCACCUGCAACAACUAUGCAAACAUUAACAAGAAUUACAACAGCUGAGAACACUCAACCUGUUAAACUACCAUCUGAUGUUCUCUUAACUGAAAAACCUGCCAUUACAAUCCCAGCCACAUCACCUUCUUUGAAGCCUUUCAACACCACCAUAGUAUUACCUGCCACAUCCUUUGUAACAUCUGAAUCAGUGCCUAAUCAACAAAACAAAACUAUUGUAAUGGUAAGAAAAAGACCACACCAAAAAAUGGGAGAGAGUGUUAUUCAGCAGAAACAUACAGCAAAGGCAACAUUUCCUGACAAAGCUGAGCUCAGUACCAAAUCUCCUGCUGUAACUAUGAUCAACCAUGUGAGCAACCCCAUCAUAAAGCCUCCUACUCCAUUAACAUCCCAAAUAACAGAGACACCACACACAAGUAUCGUCCAAAUCACCUUAUCUCCCCAGUGGGAAAACAAGUUUUGGCAUAAACAGUCUCCUGAAGUUUCAGAAAUAGGCAAAACAUUAACAGUUAAUACUCUGACUACAUUAAAAUUCCCACAGAGCUCCACUCCAUAUACUCCUGCAAGGAAAAAGGACAAGGACAAUUCUGUCAAAAGCUGGUCUGACAAGACAGCAGAUCAAGAAACCAACAACAACCUCAUAGCUCUAGGCUCUUUAUAUAAAAAUAGAUUGGCAAAGCCUAGAAUAGUGGGAGGAAAACUGGCUGCUUUUACCGUUUUGGCUAAUUCAGAUGCCUUCAUCCCUUGUGAAGCGACUGGUAAUCCCCUUCCCACAAUUCACUGGACUAAAGUGUCAUCAGGGACUGAUGUAUCAAAAAGCAAGCGUGACAACAGGUUUGAAGUACUUGCUAAUGGCACCCUCUCCAUCCAGAACGUGAACAUUCAGGACCGUGGACAGUACCUGUGUAUUGCUGCCAAUCAGCAUGGCUCAGAUCGGCUCCUGGUCACUUUGUCUGUGGUGGCAUAUCCCCCGAGGAUCCUAGAGGGCAGGUCAAAAGUGAUCACUGUCUAUUCUGGAAAGCCUGUGUCUGUGAAGUGUAGAGCUGAAGGUAGGCCCAUCCCUACCAUUUCAUGGAUUCUAGCAAACAAAACGUACGUCUCGGAAUCUUUUCCAGGAAGUAAACAAGCGUCUGUGCAAUCAGAUGGCACUUUAAUAAUCAAGGAAGUCACUGUUUAUGACAGAGGGCUUUACACAUGUAUGGCUAGUAAUCCAGCUGGUGCCGAUACGCUGACAGUAAAACUACAGGUGAUUGUGGCACCUCCUGUUAUUUUGGAAGAGAAGAGACAACACAUUGCAGGAAUUAUGGGUGAAAGUUUGAAACUCCCCUGCACAGCAAAAGGAAACCCUCAUCCGAGUGUUCACUGGGUCCUCUUUGAUGGAACAGUAGUGAAGCCUCUGCAUUUUGUAAAUGCCAAACUGUUCCUGUUCUCCAAUGGAACCCUCUACAUAAGAAACAUAGCUCCUUCUGACAGCGGGAACUAUGAAUGCAUAGCUACAAGCUCCACUGGGUCAGAGAGGAGGGUGGUAAAUCUCAUGGUGGAACAGAAAGAUACAAUUCCCAGAAUAGCAACUGCAUCUCUGAAAAUGACUAAAUUGAAUUUUGCGGACAGAUUGCUUCUGAACUGUUCAGCUACUGGGGAGCCAAAGCCCAGAAUAAUCUGGAGGUUGCCUUCCAAGGCAGUUGUUGACCAAUGGCACAGAAUGGGAAGUCGAAUCCAUGUUUAUCCUAAUGGAUCUUUGUUUAUUGAGGCAGUCACAGAAAAGGAUGCAGGUGACUAUUUAUGUGUAGCAAGAAACAGAAUUGGAGAUGACCUGAUCCUGAUGAAAGUCAGUGUGACUAUGAAACCAGCAAAGAUUGACCAAAAACAGUAUUUUAAAAAACAGGUACCAUAUGGGAAGGACUUCAAAGUGGACUGCAAAGCCUCUGGAUCACCUGAGCCUGAGAUCUCCUGGAGUUUGCCAGAUGGCACCAUGAUUAAUAAUGUGAUGCAAGCAGAUGACAAUGGACGCAGGUCUCGGAGAUACAUUCUUUUUGACAAUGGAACUCUGUAUUUCAACAAGGUUGGAAUAGCUGAAGAGGGAAACUAUACCUGUUAUGCCCAAAAUACACUAGGAAAAGACGAAAUGAAGGUACACAUUACAGUUGUAACAGCUUCACCUCGUAUAAAGCAGAAUUACAAGAUAUAUGCUAAAGUAACAGCUGGGGAUAAUGCAGUAUUUGACUGUGAGGUUGUUGGAGAACCCAAGCCAAAAAUAUUUUGGUUGCUACCUUCCAGUGACAUGAUCUCAGCUUCAACAGACAGAUAUUUACUGCACAUUAAUGGCUCACUGUCAGUCAGCGAAGUGAAACUGUUGGAUGCUGGGGAGUAUGUAUGUGUUGCCCGUAAUUCUGGUGGAGAUGACACAAAACUUUAUAAACUGGAUGUUAUUUCUAAACCACCCCUGAUAAAUGGUUUAUAUACAAACAAAACUGUCAUUAAAGCAACAGCAAUAAGGCACUCAAAGAAGCAAAUAGAUUGUAUGUCAGAAGGGACACCUUCCCCUCAAAUUAUGUGGAUAAUGCCUGACAAUAUUUUUCUAACAGCUCCAUACUAUGGGAGCAGAAUAACAGUACACAAAAAUGGGACACUUGAAAUUAGGAAUGUAAGGCCUUCAGACACAGCAGAUUUUAUAUGCAUGGUACGUAAUGAUGGAGGAGAAAGCAUAUUGGUAGUACAGUUGGAGGUAUUAGAAAUGCUAAGACGACCAAUGUUCAGAAAUCCAUUCAAUGAAAAAGUAAUAGCAAAACCAGGAAAAACUAUCAUAUUAAAUUGUUCAGUGGAUGGAAACCCUCCUCCUGAAAUCAUCUGGAUAUUACCCAAUGGCACACGAUUUUCCAAUGGAGCCAGAAUUUCCCGGUAUCAUAUAGGGAGUAAUGGUACCCUCAUCAUGUAUAAUCCUUCCAAAGAUGAUGCAGGAAAGUAUCGCUGUGCAGCUAGAAAUAAAGUAGGCUACAUUGAAAAGCUGAUCAUCUUGGAAGUUGGUCAGAAGCCCACUAUUCUUACUCAUUCAAGAGGACCAAUAAAGAGCAUCAGUGGGGAAUCAUUAUCCCUUCACUGUCUCUCUGAUGGAAGCCCCAAACCAAACAUUAUAUGGACAGUACCAAGUGGCUAUGUGCUAGAUCGGCCUCAAAUUACUGGGAAAUACAUAUUACUUGAAAAUGGUACUUUAGUUAUUCGAGAAGCAACCAUUCGUGAUAGAGGAAACUACCUGUGUAAGGCUCAGAACGAUGCUGGAGAGUCAUCUAUAACUGUUCCUGUAAUGACUGUAGCCUAUCCCGCACGGAUUACAAAUAGACCACCACAGAGUAUACACACUAUAGCUGGGGCAGCAGUUCAGCUCAACUGUAUGGCACUGGGGAUACCAAAACCAGAAAUCACAUGGGAGCUGCCAGACCACUCUGUACUUUCCCCAAGUAGUACAGGCAGACCAUCUGGAAGUGAACUUCUUCACCCCCAAGGGACAUUAAUCAUUCAGAAUCCAAAAUCUUCAGAUUCUGGCAUGUACAAGUGCAUAGCUAAGAAUCAAUUUGGCAGUGAUUUCACAAUAACAUAUAUUCAAGUUGUUUGAAAUGAGAAAUACAGGCUGAGCAGUUGUUAAAGUCUCCAUCUGGACUGAGUUUAUUUGUGGCAGUUUAAUCAAAGGCAGCCAUGAAGCAUGUAGGUGGAUCCAAAUACAUUUACAACAAUCAAUGUACAAUGAACAUGCAAAAGAGAAAGACUUGGGAAAAAUUUUUGCAUUAUGAACUAGAAUGGAUUUACUCAAUGACAAAUAGACUUCAAUUAAAAAUAUAAGGCACUUCUAUUUUGCCAACAAAUAGUGAUGAAAAUAAAACUGCUUUCCAGAAAUGUACCUGAAAAAUCUUCAGUAAAGGAUGGCCUUUUUUAUAGUUUAUUGUCCAUCUUGUAUCACUAUGAUAAGCAUGGCACACAUAAUGCAAAAAUAUUUAAGAACAAAAAAGAGGAAAUUUUACUGUGAUUUAAAUUGCCUUACUGAUAUGUAUAAAUAUUUUGUAGUUUUUAUAAAUAUUUCACAGAAAAUAAGUGUUUAGCUAUUUUAAAUAAUAGAUAUUCUGUUCUUUCACAAUGGAGAACUUUUUCCAGGGCAGUAGGAGAAAUACAAAAUGAUUUAAUAAUGCUCUCUAAAUGGAUAAUAGGGGUUUUUAUUAAUCUGUUUAAAAAUUCAAAAGCAACAAAACCUGCUUAUUAAAACAGAGUGGCUUGGUACAAUGUCCCUUUCACCACAUGCUCAGCUUCUAAAGAUUUCAAAUUAAAAAAAAUAAGUGCAUCAAUUUGUAUAGGAAUUUAGAAUUAAAGGGGCUCAAUCAAAUAGAAAAUAGUCUUCCCAAGCAUCUGCCUCCUGCAAAUUCAGAAGAAAGCCCCUUUCAACAGGAAAUGGCCACUUACGCAUUCUGCACCAGAGAAAAUUUUUGGACUCCCUGGGCUAAAUAAACCUCAAAAACUUAAGUCACUAACUGACUUGUCUUUCUAAGAGAGGUGUUAAUGUAGGCUCACGGCAGAGCUCCAACACCAAUGCAGAACCUGAGUAUUUGCAGGGAAUGUUGGGCCUAAACUCACAAAUUUGGGACAUAUGCAUGGAGCAGAAGCCCCUCAGUGUCACUCCUCGAGGUCCUUUCCACACCAGCAAUAUGGCAGGCUGGUUUUGCUGCCACUGGUUCCCAUGCCCAUAACCUGAGCUCUGUGACCCCUUCCAGCUGGGAUCAUAGACUGCAGAGUAGAAAUUAAUGCCUCUUUAGCAGUAACCACAGAAAAUCUGUUAGAUACAGAAAACAGUGUAGAGCAGUUCCUAUCGUGUAACACCAUCCUAGUAACUUACAUCAGCAAAAUGUCAUACAAUAUUUAAAACAAUAAUUGAAAAAAAUAGAUAUAGCUCAAUUACGCAUUAAAAAGGCCCUAUAAUAGAAACCCCUGUACACUAACAAAGCAACACCCCCCAACCCAUCUGUUGAAUUAAUCCAUAGGUCAUGCAGGCUCUUGAUACUCAGAACAUGGUCAGGAUAUUUCCAAGAUCUGAGUGCAGAUUCUACCCCAUUUGACUAAAUUUUAGUCAGCUGGGGAAGAACUUUAAAAAGAGGCCACAGUCUAAAGCAUGACUGAUUAUUUUGUGGUGGAUCAAUCACUUCCUGAGAUCAGCCGCAUAUAUGAUAGCUGCUUGUUCCUUCCUUCCUUUGUAUUGAUAGGUAGAGGAAAAUUGGCUGGAUUAAAUAGGUCUGUUUGCUUAAUCUCAGGAAUGUCUUUAGUCCCCAGUGAAGAGCAUUAAAGGACACUGGCCCAGAGGAUUAACAAAACUUUCACUCCCAUUAUAAACCAUUCAAGGGACAGUGAAGGGAAGUAAUCCUAGUGUACAGGAAACUAAAAUGCAUUUUCAUCGAAAAAGCAGCAAAAAUUAGAACCAUCCGAAGACCUGCCAUUAAUGUGGUGUUAAUAAGUCUUCCUAAUUGUGGUCACACAUGACAGUUACUCUGAUUUGCUGUGAGGUUCAAAGUAACUAAGAACAAUGAGUUGAUGGCAAAGUUAUUUGCAUGAGCUUCCUAGCCAGCUCCAAAACCUUAGGAUCAAAAAGUUGCAAGCUUGUUCAUUUGUUUUUAAAAUAGCUUUUGUUUCAACCUGAUCUUUUUUGCUGAAUAACUUUGACGCAAGCAGAGUCAGGACCCAAGAACUUCUGGGGCUUUGCAAGGCACGGCAGCCUUGAAUACUUUUGCUGACUAGGUCCCCUGGGACUACUGAACAUUGAUUAUAUGGUAAUCUAGGUUAUUUUUGUUUAACACAGUUUUAAGUCUUUGCUCCGAAAGAAAAAUUAAAGUUAAAAUUGUAUUUUGCUUCUGACGCUUUCAAUGCCAUUAAUUUGUAAACAAACAAAUUCUAUUAAGUAAACAUGCACCUCCCAGUUUUGCUCUCAGCUAAAACCACGAAGCCCCACUGUAGUCAGUGGUGUUGUGUGGAUGUGGCUGAGGACAGAAACUGGUCUUAAGUCUGCUUUUUUGUGGUUGAUACUAUCCUAGUAAUAUGCAGUCACUUGAAAGGACAGGGAUAUCGACUUUCAUCAGGCUUUUUUUUGAAAUACCUAAUGUAAAAAAAAAAAAAGAAAAUAAAUGUACAGGCACAUGUUAACUUUUCAAAACAGACAACCUAUUCAUUUAGUGGAAUGAGUGGCCUCUCUCUUUUGAUAAGAGUCUGUACAAGCUGAGAUGGUCAAGUGAAGAAUUUUUGAGCUAAAUAAUUUUGACAGUGUACAAAGCAGUUCACAAGAAUUUUAUUUCAGUAAAGAUGCUGACCGAUCCUACUGGUUGUUUUCAUGGGUAAGACUUUGCAGUGUGGAAAUCAGAAUUAGAUACAAAUUACUGAUAUUACGAUUUUCCACACUAAACUGUUUAUGAAAAUUUAAUUAUCUGGGCUUUCAUACAGUUCUACAAUGCUUGCUGAGUGUUGACUCUCUUCUAUUCAAUGCAAGUCUGACUAUGACACCACACAGUACACUUAUAUUAUGGUAAAUUAAAAGAUGAGUUAAUACAGAACAUGAGAACAAAAUUCCCAUAUAUUUUGAAAUGCCUUGCAUGUUUCACAUUCAAAAUUGGUGCAUCUAAUUCUAAAAAAAUAUCAUAUGGAGUAACUCUUAAAUUACAUGAAACCAUAGUAAAUUUACUGAUUUUUUUACUCUAAUAUGAGCAAAUAUACCACAUACUUAAAGUUAAAAUAGUUAUAUCUCUUUAUAAUAAAUGUAAUGUAUAACUUGUGCUUUUGCACCAAAUUUAUAAAUGCAGUAUGCAUUACACAACCAAGACUAUCACCCAACAUUAAGAACUAAAUUAAAAAAUUUAAGUACUUACCAUACAAAAUAAAUAAUAAAUACAUCUAUUAGAGGAAGAACUCAUUUAGGUCAAGUUCAAUAUAUGCGAGGCCCAGCUAGAGCACUGCGGAAACAGCAAAAGGGAUUUGCAGGGCUUUUCGACCCUGGCACAAGCUUCCAAAGGGCAAAAGCUGGAAGGAGACUUUUGUUGAACCUAGUUCAUGAGACCCAGAGAUCCAAUUCCCAUUGAAGUCAUUGGAAAUAUUGCCAUCAGAUUUCAACAGGACUUGGUUCAGGCCCUAAACGAUUUAGAGAAAAAUCUGUUGUGGCUAUUCAGGUUUUUGUUACCACAUUUUGUACCCUCACUGCCGAUGAAAUUUGCAUUAAAAAGAAAAAUGUGAAGCACA